AUGGCCGCAAAAGGAGGGAAGAGAGGGAGGGCUUGCGUGGUGGUGUUAGGUGACAUUGGGCGCAGCCCCCGUAUGCAAUAUCAUGCUCUUUCGCUUGCCCGUCAGGUAUCUCUGGAGGUAGAUAUUGUUGCAUAUGGAGGUUCUGAACCCCAUUCUGCUGUACUAGAACAUCAGUCUAUUCACAUACACAAAAUGCAGCAGUGGCCAACAUUUCCACGUGGCGUACCCAGCAUACUUAAGCCCUUGGCGCUUUUGAUCAAGCCAGUGAUUCAAGUUUUAGUGCUUCUUUGGUUUCUUUGUAUUAAGAUACCCGCUCCUGAUGUUUUUCUAGUGCAGAAUCCACCUUCUGUUCCAACCUUAGUGGCUGUAAAAUGGGCAAGCUGGCUUAGGCGAUCUGCAUUUAUUGUUGAUUGGCAUAAUUUUGGAUAUACGUUACUGGCACUGUCUCUUGGAAGAAGUAGUCGAUUUGUGGCAAUAUACCGUUGGUUUGAGAGGCAUUUCGGGAAGAUGGCAGAUGGUUCCCUAUGUGUAACGAGGGCAAUGCAACAUGAAUUGGCUCAAAAUUGGGGAAUUAAAGCCACAGUUCUAUAUGAUCAGCCUCCUGAGUUUUUCCGUCCUGCUUCACUUGAAGAAAAGCAUAAGUUGUUCUGCAGAUUAGAUAAAAGUCUGAGGAAGCCACUUGGUGUUCAAGAUUGCACCAGCACUGGAACAGGGGAAAUGUUGAAUAAGGACAUAAAUGAGACUCUGUUUACCACUCUGGUUGGCACGGACAUUACUUCAAAGCUAGACAGGCCGGCACUCAUAGUUAGCAGUACAAGCUGGACUCCCGAUGAGGAUUUUGGCAUUCUCCUGGAAGCAGCUGUCAUGUAUGACAGGCGUGUUGCUGCUAUUUUGAAUGAAGAUGAUUCUAUUCAAGAAGAGGCUCUUUGGAAGGAAAUGCAGAGUGGGAAGCAAUACUUGUAUCCGAGGCUGUUAUUCAUCAUUACAGGUAAGGGGCCUGAAAAAGAAAAGUAUGAAGAAAAAAUUAGCAGAUUACACCUCAAAAGGGUGGCAUUUCGUACUAUGUGGUUGUCAGCUGAGGACUAUCCAUUGCUUCUUGGGUCAGCAGAUCUUGGUGUAUGCUUGCAUACAUCCUCAUCAGGGUUGGAUCUUCCCAUGAAGGUCGUGGACAUGUUCGGUUGUGGGCUGCCUGUUUGUGCCGUUUCCUACUCAUGCAUCAAGGAAUUAGUGCAAGUUGAGAAAAACGGCCUUCUAUUUUCAUCGUCUUCAGAGCUAGCUGAUGAACUUUUGAUGCUGUUCAAGGGUUUUCCAGAUGCAUGUGAUUCACUGAAGGGUCUCCGUAAUGGUGCAUUGGAAAUGUGUUCUUCUAGGAGGUGGGCUACUGAGUGGGAAGAGCAUGCGAAAGCAUUAAUACUAGAGGUUAUCUCUAAAAACUUAGAUUGA